UUCACGUCGGCUUGAUGCAAGACAAGCUGGAUGUAUUUAUACAGUAAACGGAUUGGAGGUCAGGGAGAGAAAGGGAAAAUAGAUCACAUCAAAAUCAGCGAAACUGUGAAUCGAAGACUAUCAUAUAGAUAACGUCCUAAUAUUCAUAAAAUCACCGGUCUGCAGCAACCGGAGUCAACGAGGAUGCCAGGUGCCGCCUGGGGACUAGGUGUCGACCUCAUAUGUCAUCACUACAGAUCACUGUGAUCUGAUUCUCUAGCGUCAGUCUAUCUACCUCUCAAAGCUCGGUUCUUAAGCCGCAAAGACAUGGAAGCUGUGUGUUUUGAAGUGGAGGAUCUGCUUUUGAUGUCGUUGCCAGCCUAAAAUGCCCCAGCUGGUGACCUCUGACAUGUAAAUGGCGUCCAAAGUCAGAGAUGCUGUGGUGUGGUACCAGAAGAAGAUUGGUGCUUAUGACCAACAGAUAUGGGAGAAGUCUGUUGAACAAAGAGAAAUCAAGUUUAUUAGACUGGGCCUGAGGAACAAGCCGAAGAAGACAGGCCAUGUGAAAGCAGACCUCAUUGAUGUGGACCUAGUGAGAGGUUCUGCUUUUGCCAAGGCCAAGCCUGAGUCUCCCUGGACGUCUCUGACCAGGAAGGGUCUCGUCAGGGUGGUGUUGUUCCCCUUCUUCUUCAGAUGGUGGAUCCAGGUCACCUCCAGAGCCAUCUUCCUCCUCCUCCUCCUCCUCUACCUGCUUCAAGUGGCUGCUGCAGCGUUAUUCUUCACCAUUCCCCAGCCCCACAGUAUCCCGACCACAGAGGUGUUUGGGGCGAUAUGGCUGAUGCUGUUACUGGGGACAGUGCACUGCCAGAUCGUCUCCACACGCACCCCCAAACCCACCAGCAGCAGCAGCUCUGGCAAGAGAAGAAGGCGUCUAAGGAAGGCAGCUCACUUGGAUGUACAUAGGGAAGGAGAUGGCUCUAGCACCACUGAUAACACCCGGGAGGGCGGCCCACACUGCCACGGUGCCGCCACCGGCUCACCUUACAGCCUGUGCAUCGCUCUCUUCCGAGAUUUCUGGCAUGAUAUCUGUAAAGCGCGGUCGAAGAAGUCCAAGCUGUCCAUAGACAAGUCCACAGAGACAGAUAAUGGCUAUGUGUCUCUGGACGGGAGGAUAACCUGUAAGAGUAGUGAGGAGGGGCUACAGCUCCAUGAUGGAGGGUCUCACCACUGUGACCUGCUGCUGAGGUCAGACGAGACGUGUUGGGCCGCACCCCCGCCUCUCAACACACUGCUGCUGCCCCCCGUCGCCAAGGUAAACAACAAGGAGACCCAGAGCCGUGGUGUGGGUGUGGAGAACAUGUCUGAUGAGGCGUCUAGUGAGGAGGAUCCUGAAGCGUCCUACACCGCCAUCCGUAGGGGCGUAGAGCGCGUCAGCAGCGACUGCACGCUGCGCAACAGGAAACCACAUCACUACAAGAAACACUACGCCAUCAACACUGAGGUGGGUGACCUCCACACUACCCAGGAGACUCCUAAGUCCGGUACCAGCUGUAGUUCUCGGUGCUCCAGCCUGCGGACCCAGGACUCAGAGAGCACCAGACACGAGUCAGAGACAGAGGACCUGCUGUGGGAGGACUUCCUGCACUGUGCUGAGUGUCGCUCCUCGUGUACCAGCGAGACAGAGGGCGAGGGAGCUGCAGUCUGCCCUGCUACCAAGAAGGAGUACAGAGAUGACCCCUUUCACCAGUUGUGUCCUCUACAGGGUCAUACGUGGCUACACAGCACCAACCCAGGUCUGGAGCGGGUCAGUGCCAUCGUCUGGGAGGGGAACGACUGUAAGAAGGCUGACAUGUCUGUCCUGGAGAUCAGCGGUAUGAUCAUGAACAGGGUCAACCUGUACACCCCAGGUAUUGGCUACCAGGUCUUUGGUAACCUGGUGUCAGUGACUCUGGGCCUGACGCCCUUCGCCUACAGGCUGUCUCAGUACAAGGACCUGGAACAGCUGACACAGCUCUCAGCCAAUGAGCUCAUCUCUGUGGCGUUCGGCUCCUCCUCCGACGUCAUGGUGAUCACCAUGGUAACGCUCAGCUUCAUGGUGCGCGUCUGUCUCAUCUGGCUCUUCUUCUUCCUGCUCAGCGUGGCCGAGAGGACAUACAAACAGAGGCUGCUAUUCGCCAAGCUGUUUGGUCACCUGACGUCAGCACGGCGAGCCAGGAAGUCGGAGGUGCCUCACUUCCGUCUGAAGAAAGUCCAGAACAUUAAGAUGUGGCUCUCUCUGCGCUCAUAUCUCAAGAGAAGGGGUCCUCAGCGGUCGGUGGAUGUGAUCGUGUCCUCUGCCUUCCUCCUCACCCUCUCCGUAGUCUUCAUCUGCUGUGCUCAGGUCAGCUUGCUCCAUAUCCACCACACCUUCCUGGAGUGUCACUAUAACUGGGAGCUGGUGAUCUGGUGUUCCUCUCUGUCUCUCUUCCUGCUCCGCUUUGUUACCCUGGGCUCAGAGACCAGCAAGAAGUACAGCAACACCUCCAUCUUACUGACAGAACAGAUUAAUCUGUACCUGAAGAUGGAGAAGAAACCAAACAAGAAGGAGGAUUUGACAUUGGUCAACAACGUACUGAAGCUGGCCACCAAGCUAUUGAAGGAGUUGGAUGCUCCGUUCAGGCUGUAUGGUCUGACGAUGAACCCUCUGCUCUACAACAUCACCCAGGUGGUCAUCCUGUCUGCUGUGUCUGGGGUCAUCAGUGACCUACUGGGCUUCAACCUGAAGCUCUGGAAGAUCAAAUCAUGACAGUAAGCUGAUCAGGUCACAGCUGGCUCUGGAAGAUGUGAUACAUUCUCUCACCACACAGGGGCGCUGUUGUCCUUUCGCUCACGGACUGACUGGGCUUCCCUGUAUCUAUGGUCUGACGGACAAACAGCCCCAUUCUCAGAGUUCAUAACGGAGUGCUUACUUUUCACUGGUGCAAUUCAAGAUAUAUUUAUUUUACCCUUUCAGUAUUUUUUAUUUUUGUUGUUGUUGGAAAAAGUUACAAAAUGUUAUUUUAAUUAAGCUAUACAGGUUUUGUGUUCUCAGAGGGAUGGGAUCAAAACACAGCAAGAUGACAAUUCAGUUAAAAAGGUAAAAGAGUUCCAUCCCUUCAGACUAGUAAGGACAAUGUGCAUUAUAAUGCAGCUGUUUAGUUUGUUGACUGUGACACACAAACGCAGUCAUUUCACUGUGAGAACUGCAACGAGUUGUUGUUUCCGAUCGUAGACGGACUGUAAUAAAUAAUCAUCAUGUGUUUUAAAGCCUCAUACACACAAACAGGUUGUACUUUCUGGUCAAUUCAAUGUAGGCUUUUUUUGUUGUUGCUUUUGACGACAACAACAGUACACCAAAGUUCAGAAUAGACGAACAAUGUUUCUGUGUGUUUGGCGUUUCUAAUGAUAAGCUAAGUGACGGCUGUAGUGGAGAGAUAGAGGCAGGAUAAAACACAACACAUCACUCAAAUGAUUGGUGAGAAAAUAGGUGAGGUACUGUACUGGCUAGAUGGGAGGUACUGUACUGUAUUGGCUAGAUGGGAGGUACUGUACUGUAUUGGCUAGAUGGGAGGUACUGUACUGGCUGGAUGGGAGGUAAUGUACUGUACCGGCUAGAUGGGAGGUACUGUACUGGCUGGAUGGGAGGUACUGUACUCUAUUGGCUAGAAGAGGUACUGUACUGGCUAGAUGGGAGGUACUGUACUGUAUUGCCUAGAUGGGAGGUACUGUACUGGCUAGAUGGGAGGUACUGUACUGGCUAGAUGGGAGGUACUGUACUGGCUAGAUGGGAGGUACUGUACUGGCUAGAUGGGAGGUACUGUACUGGCUAGAUGGGAGGUACUGUACUGGCUAGAUGUGAGGUACUGUACUGGCUGGAUGGGAGGUACUGUACUGGCUGGAUGGGAGGUACUGUACUGGCUGGAUGGGAGGUACUAUACUGGCUAGAUGGGGUGUACUGUACUGUAUUGGCUAGACGGGAGGUACUGUACUGGCUGGAUGGGAGGUACUAUACUGGCUAGAUGGGUGGACUGUACUGUACUGGCUAGAUGGGAGGUACUGUAUUGGCUAGAAGGGAUGUACUGUACUGUACUGGGUGGAUGGGAUGUACUGUACUGGCUAGAUGGGAGGUACUGUACUGUAUUGGCUAGAAGGGAUGUACAGUACUAUACUGGGUGGAUGGGAGGUACUGUACUGGGUGGAUGGGAAUAUGUAAACCUAGCCAACAUAUCUGGGUUAGUAUUCUGUAUGUCAAAUUGAGACAUCCAGGCCCGCUAGCCCAAACUAAACGAUGUGUGACUGAACAUGGGUAACUGUGUUACUCGUAUAAUGAUCAUUUUGGGGGGGUGCUUAUGUUUGUCCUGGUACACACUUGUACAAGUCUGUAAUGGAAUGUGUUUCUUACAUACUGAGACCCUGAGGGAGUGGGGUCGCGACCUUUUAUGGUGAUACCAUUCAGUAUUGGCUUCUGUACUCCCAACCCUAUUUUGAAAAACCAGACGCAGUGACGUGUGCAGUCUGGCUGAAAUACUGCUAUUCAGGCCUGUGAGCCGUCAUCACAACCUCGUCAACAUGUUGCUUUUUCUCGCCCUCCUUCCCUUGUUUCCUGUUUUACGUUGCAUGGUUUUCUCACGGAGCAUUUGAGUUAUUUCAGUGGUUAGACUGUAUGUCAAGCAAUAACUCGUAGCUCAACACGCAACGUGUUUGUAUUAUAGUUGGAACAAAGAGGUCCCAGGUCUUAGUCGCUGUUCACACAGUCGAUGUUCGUCGCUACAUUUCAGAAUGCCUGAAAAGGUGCCCUUUAAAGUAGUGUAUAGAAACAAUGUCACACACAAACCGUUGUAGUUGUUAUUGCUUGGUACUUGUUGGCGUGGCUCAGUCUGUGUGAAGAUGACCAAAGUGCUUUUUAUUUGCUGGAUAAAGCUGUAUUAUUAACACAAAAUAACUGUUUGGGUUUCAUAUUAUUGGAAAUGCUUUAAAGAAAACAUGGUGUUGCCUCAUCUUUUCCUUUGUUGUUGUUGUUGUUCCUCGUGUUUUGUGGUUGCGAGAGAAAAGACAGUCACUUGAGUCUGAAAAAAUGUCUUUAGAAAAUGACUCUGAACCUGUCUGCCAUCCUGAUCCCUAGUGCACCAGAGCCCUGGUCAAAAGUAGUGCACUACGUAGGGAAUAGGGUGACGUUUUUGCGUUGUGAUUCCGUUUUCAAAAGGAAGUCUGCAUAUUUAUGUUGAAGAGAAGAAAAACUACUUUUAGUGAGCUGGUCUGUUUCCUCAGUUCUAGGUGUUUAUAAGGAAAAUAAAAAUGGACAUUGUUGUGUCACUCA